AUGGCAAAAGACAUACCAGACAAUGAGAGCAUCAACUCUCAUCUGCUGGGCCAGGAAUGUGGACAAGAUGCGGAUAGGAAGUGGAGUUGGGUGUCAGGAGAGGAUGCCAAAUAUCAUACCGCAGAGAACCGAAACCACGGGGCAAUGCCGACAGCGCUCGACGGAGACCAGAGUCGAGUCAAUUUUGCCGACGAACCAAGCAGUUCUGAAUCGCCAACGGUUUCUACAGCAGAGUUGGAGCUUAUUCGAGCGAAACAAGAAACACGAAGACUGCGAAAGAAUCUGAAAGAAAGCGGAGACUAUCUUGGAGUUCAGGGGUUCAAUCCACAAACUGGCAAGCUGGAUGUCAUCACUCCAUCAGGCAGCGACGGAAGCAGCCUGAGUCAAGAAACCCGACAAAAACUACACAUUCUGCAAAAUACUCUGCAAACUGCAAGACAUGCGUACAAAAGUGUAAAGGAGAAUAGCAAGAGGGAGGCAGACAGGAUUGUCCGCAAAAGAGAAAAAGAGAGAUUUCGUCGGUUAGAGAGGAAAAAGGAGCAUGUCCAAAACAUGAGUAAGACGGUAACGUGGAAACGACACGCGCGGCAAUGGUCAUCAGCGCAGGAGCCCAAUUUGAGUCCCAUUGCCCAGUCGGCAACAGGAACGGCACCCGAGACUUGGAUAGACAGGCUAGGAGUACAAGACCCUAGGGGAUGCCUGGCACCGCUGUCAAAGUUGGAAAGCAACCGGGACAAAGCCGUAGUUGCAGCGCACACCACCAGCCUCAUGAACCAAGAAUCGGAAAUACCAAGGGUCGACUCGACCAUGUGCAGGAAGGGCAACCCGUUGAAAAGGCCAAAACUACCGGCGAUGGACCCGAACCAGGCCUUCAAAAGCCUUGCGCUGAGCCACAGUCAACAAACAGAGGGGCACGUACAAACACCAACCUCUCGCAAGAGACUGACGCACAACUGGGGGCACUGGAUGUCGGGCAGAAGAUGUUCAAGGGAUAUUCGCGUGAACAAUGCCAAAACACGCCAAGAACAAAUGGUGACGCCAAACGAGGGAAUAGCGAAUCUGCCGUGCCCACGGACUCGGCAAACGCCCUCAAACAAGCCAGCAGCCACGUCGGACUCGCUCACGGAAAGAGCGGUCCCAGAGAACACAUCAUUUCUGGGAACGGCCUCGGGCGUGAAAAGCAGGCUCGGGGCAAACCUACACGUCCGACUCAAAGACGCAGGCCAGAUACAGGGGAGAGCCGCUGCAGAAAGAGGCUUGGCUGGGCGCUACCAGCUAAAACCCGAGUAUGCCUCCACACACACCAUCACCACUACUGGCUGCGACCGAUCUCAUCUAGCCGCCGAGCCUCGAACCGGUAUCGAGAGGGACGAGGGCGAGCGGCAAGAUCUCCCAGCGAGCCACACAUUGGCUUACAGGCCGCACCAGAAAAACAUGUGCGCGCGCAACUCGGCCAGCUCUGUAAUGAAAACAUUACAGAAUCCCUCGCCGAGUCCAGGAUGGGCAGGGCGGGAUAUCGAAGCCGAUACUAUAUCGAAGCGCAGACCCUUGCCGACGAAUCAGGGAGAAAAAAGACCCGCCGCCGAAGUGGAAGGGAUCGUUGCCAAGGCCUUGGCCAAGCAGGAAGCAAGAGGUCCGACGGUGAGAGGGGAAUCCUUCGAAGGCAUAUUUCCAGGUCAAAAGAAGGACAGGAGAGCAAUCGACAAGACUGCCGAGGCGAAACCCGCAGCGAUCGACGAAGUCGGACAAAGCACACGAGGAAACCACGGCGGAGUCGGCAAAGGUGCAGCUCAAGACGCGAGAAAAGACGUCGGGGAAAUUGCUGCGGAGAAGGCCACAGAAUCAGAUCAAGCACGGGUUUGCGAUUCAAGUCAGGAACACAGAGGCGUGGUUGGCGUUGGCUAUCCAAGUACUUUUACUGAGAGCAGUGCAGUCGUAGGGUGCCAGAUACUGCAAACGACUCCUGGCGGUGCACUUGGAAGCAGGACUCGGCGGCUCCUCGAGAUUGCGUGGUGUCACAUUGUCGCCUUUCUACUGGUGUACUGGGAAAAAGUUGGGCCCGUAUUUGAUGCCCGUUCGGACUACUGGGCCAGGAACAGCAGGAAAGAAGCCACGUUGGAAGACUGCUACGUUCUUGUGCUAGCCGUUCCAGCAGGAGUCCUUGCCGUGGCUAGCAUUGUUUGGGCUAUGAGACUGGCAACGAUAUGCGGAGAGAAUGCUGAAUUGCUGAAGGAGUGGCUGUCGGACGUUUUGUGGUGCUUUUGA